ACACAUUUAUUUUUAAAACUAUAAGCAUUUAUUAAACUUAUAAUACAAUUGGUUUCUUAUCACAGAUAAGAUAGCUAAUCUUUUAAGAAGAUUAUGUGUGAUAAGUGCAUCUGAUACAUAACGUGAUUCUGAACACUUCAAUUUCAUAUAUACGCGAUAGAAGACCUUGUAUUAUUUUGUUGUGAUAGAUGUGUUAUUAGUAAUCAAAAAGUUGUCGAAAAAUAUAUUUGAAGAUGGUAAAGAAAAAUGGACUUUGGAAGCUGACACAGCUUCGAGCAUUGAUGAAAAAUGUACAAGCUAGUGGUAUGAAAGAAAAGGGAAUCCAAGCUUUGAUUGUUAAUGGAGAGGAUGCGCAUCAAUCAGAAUAUUCCACUGAACGAGAUCAGAGGCGGCGUUUUAUCAGCGGAUUCCGUGGUUCCUACGGCACAGUAGUUGUUAUGCAUGAUGCAGCAUUGCUAUGGACAGAUGGAAGAUACUACACUCAAGCUAUGUCAGAAUUAGAUCCACCAGAAGCAUGGACUUUAAUGAGAGAAGGCUUGUUGGACACACCUACUAUCCCUGUAUGGUUGGCUGCAAAUUUACCUCCAAAAUCUGUAGUUGGAGCAGAUGCUAAUUUGAUAAGUUAUACAGAAUGGGCACGAUUACAUACUAGUUUGACCGCUGCCGGUCAUUGUUUGAUUCCUCUUUCUGAAAACUUGGUGGACAAAGUAUGGGCUGAUGAACAACCAGGCCCUCCUACAACCAAUUUCAUAAAAGAUCAAGGAUUGAAAUAUUCAGGCUUAAGUGCGGGAAGUAAAAUAAACUUCUGUCGUGGAGUUAUGCGUGAGAAUAAUGCAACAGUACUUGUGAUAACUGCACUAGAUGAGAUUGCGUAUCUGCUAAAUUGGAGAGGAUCCGAUAUACCUUUUAAUCCCGUCUUCUUUGCAUAUGUUAUUCUUACUUUGAAAGAUAUACAUAUCUUCAUAGAUUAUUUUAGAAUCAGUCAGCCAGCCCUAGACCAACUGAAGAAAGAAGGUGUUGAUGCAACCUUCCACCCUUAUGAAUACCCUUAUAAUGUACAUGUUUACAUGAAACAACUCGUGAGUUCGUGUACGGAUCAAGAUAAAAUCUGGAUUAGUAAUAAAUCUAGUUACGCAUUGCACAUGGAUUGUGGAGAAAUCAAGAAGCAUACGGAAAUUACUCCUAUCAGUGUUAUGAAAUCGAUAAAGAACUCUAUUGAGAUAGAAGGUAUGAAAGCUGCGCAUAUAAGAGAUUCUGUUGCUCUUGUAAAAUAUUUUGCGUGGUUAGAAGAUAAGAUAAAAAAUACAAAGGAGAGUAUUACAGAAAUCUCAGGUGCCACGCAACUGGAAAAAUUCAGACGGGAGCAACAUCUUUUUGUUGGAUUAAGUUUUACCACUAUAUCAUCUGUUGGUCCUCAUGGAGCAAUUAUUCAUUAUUCUCCUACGGCAGAAACUGAUGUGCCCAUUACAGAUAAAGAACUUUAUCUUUGUGAUUCUGGUGCACAGUAUAUAGAUGGUACGACAGAUGUAACAAGGACUUUACAUUUUGGCGAACCUACAAGUUUUGAACGUGAAUGUUUCACAAGAGUGUUUAAGGGACAGUGCCGUCUUUCGACAAUGAUAUUCCCUUUAAAGACGAAAGGGAAUUAUCUCGACACAUUAGCGCGUGAAAGUUUAUGGAAUGUUGGGCUUGAUUAUCUUCACGGUACUGGUCAUGGAGUAGGAUCGUAUCUGAAUGUUCAUGAAGAGCCCAUUGGUAUCUCGUGGAAGCCACAUCCAGAUGAUCCAGGUUUACAACCUGGAAUGUUUUUAUCGAAUGAGCCAGGAUAUUACGAAGAUGGAAAAUUUGGUAUUAGGUUGGAAAACAUUGAGUUGGUUGUUCCUGCAAAGACACCGUAUAAUCAUAGAAAUCGAGGUUUUUUGACUUUUGAAACCGUGACACUUGUACCUAUUCAAACAAAUCUACUUGAUUUAUCAAUGCUUACAGAUAAGGAGAUUGAAUAUUUAAACAAUUAUCAUGCCAAAUGUUUGAAGACUUUGAAACCUUUUCUAGAAGGACCUGAGAAUGUUCAAGCACUUAAGUGGCUUGAGAAACAAACACUUCCUGUUUUUGGUUAAUGGCGUUUUUAUAUGGCGUUAAUUUAACACGUUGAAAGGAUUGCAGUAAAAUUAGGUAUUGUAGAAGGAUUAUUUUAAAAAAUUUUGAAUGUGCAUUUUUUUUAUCUAUAAAAAUUUACUU